AUGUCCUCCUUUUUUUCUUCCCCCACGACGGAGUCCCACCUCACCACCGCGAAGACGGUGCUCUCCACAGCCGCAUCCGUGGCCGCCACCGCAAUGGUGAUCCGGUCGGUGGCCAGCGAAAUCCUCCCGGCGGAGUUCCGGGACUACUUCACCGGCGGCAUCCGCAAAGUGCUCUCGCGCUUCUCUUCAGACAUAACGAUGGUGAUCGACGAGUUCGACGGUCUCGUUAACAACCAAAUCUACGAAGCCGCAGAAACCUACCUCGGCGCCAGAAUCUCCCCUUCCACUCACAGAUUCAAAGUAAGCAAACCCGACACGGAGAAAAGCUUCACCCUCACAAUGGAACGCAACGAGUCCUUAACAGACGUCUUUAACGGCGUCAAAUUUAACUGGACCCUCGCCUGCCGUCAAGUGGAGUCUAGAAACUUCCACAAUCCAAGGGACCUGAACUCCACUUUAAAGUCGGAGGUUCGCUCUUUAGAACUGACAUUCCACAAGAAGCACAAGGAGAUGGUGCUCAACACUUACCUCCCCUUCAUUCUCAAAGAAGCCAAGUCAAUGAAGCAAGAGAGCAAGGCGUUGAGGAUUUUCACGGUGGAUUAUCAGAACAUGUAUGGGAACCCUAACGACGCUUGGGUGGGGACCAAUUUGGACCACCCUGCGACGUUUGACACGCUUGCACUUGACGGUGACGUGAAGGAGUUCGUGAUGGAGGAUUUGAAGAGGUUCGUUAGGAGGAAGGAGUAUUAUAGGAAGGUUGGGAAGGCGUGGAAGAGAGGGUACUUGCUUUAUGGUCCACCGGGUACCGGCAAGUCCAGUUUGAUUGCGGCUAUGGCUAAUUACUUGCACUUUGAUAUCUAUGAUUUGGAGCUUACCGAGUUGCAGUAUAACUCCGAACUCAGGCGCUUGCUCAUUGGACUGGCUAAUAGGUCCAUUCUUGUCGUUGAGGACAUCGAUUGCACCAUUCAGUUCCACGAUCGCAUGGCCGAAUCCAGAGCUGCCACCGCAAAUAACGACAAUCAAAAACAGGUCACGCUAUCGGGGCUGCUGAAUUUCAUUGACGGGUUAUGGUCAAGUUGUGGAGAUGAGAGGAUUAUAGUGUUCACGACAAACCACAAGGAGAAGCUAGAUCCGGCGUUGCUGCGCCCUGGUCGCAUGGACGUUCAUGUCCCCAUGUCCUAUUGCACUCCCUGUGGUUUUAGGCAGCUAGCUUCCAAUUACCUCGGAAUUAAACAACAUUCUCUCUUCCGAGAAAUUGAGGAGGCAAUUCAGAAAACCCAGGUGACUCCAGCUGAAGUGGCAGAACAGCUUCUGAAGAGCAGUGACAUUGAAACUACUCUUGAACAGCUCCUAGAUUUUCUGAGAAAGAAGAAAGAAAGUCAGGAACUAGAGGCUAAGAGGAAGGAACAGGAGUCCAAGGAUAAAGAAGAACACCAGAGGAAGCAGGUUGAUGGUGGUGAAAAAGGAGAAAAAAAUGAUGACGACGAAAAGGAAUGUAUAACUGAGUUAAAGGCUAUUUAAAAUUUUAUAAGAUCAGUCACUGACAUAAAAUUUACCUUUUUAUUUGGUUCAGACU